UCCCGAAGGCCCCGCCCCCUCGGGCUCAACUGACGUGCAGGAGUAACUUAUGCGUGUGACCAAAACUUAGUACAUUUAACGCUGGAUUAAGAUUUAUGUGCCAAAACGUAUUAUAAACACAUCACGUUUUCACUUAAAGCACAUUAAUGCGCACACAAUGACGCGAGAGGAGGACCUGUUGCGGAUUGCUAAAAAACUAGACAAGAUGGUGUCUAGAAAUAACAUGGACGGAGCUCUAGAUCUUCUGAGAGAAUUGAAAGAUUUCAACAUGACACUGAAGCUGCUUCAGGAUACAAGAAUUGGCAUGUCUGUCAACGGAAUAAGAAAGCAUUGCACAGACGAGGAUGUUGGGAACUUGGCAAAGAUGCUAAUCAAAAACUGGAAGAAGCUUUUGGAAUCAGCUCAAAACCAGAAGUCUGAGAGGUUGAAUGAAGUGAAGAAUGGCAAACAUCCAAGCAAGACAUCAGGGUCACCCAGCAGGACCUCACCUGAGAGAGAGUCCAGUCCACGAAGAUCAACAGUGGAAACAAAACCAGACAUAAACUCUAACAAGAAACUUGAUGAAAAACACAGAAGACAAAAACCUGAUGCAGAGUUCAGGAUUGAGAAAAGAGAAAGUGAGCAGAAAAAAGAGAAACAAACUAUUGACAAUAAAAAGGAGCGAGAGAGGAAAGAUGAAAUGAACAGUGAUCAACUUCCUUCCCCAAUGACGCAUUCAUCUCCACCCCCCAAGUGUUCACCGGCUGGGGAAGUGAAGAGGGAGAGGAAAGAUGCUCCUGUUGAUUUUUUCCCUCCUGUUUCAGUCAAUUCCCACCCUCCUCUAAGACGCCCAUCGAUAGAUGCAAAGAAAGAGAGAAAAGACACUCAGGGUUCUUUAAAGUCUCCUCCUCUUCAGGCUCAUCCUCAUAAACGUCUCUUCAUAGAUGGAAAGAAAGAAAGGAGAGAUGCACCUUAUCCUCUUUUUCCUCUUCAUCAUCACCCUCAUCCUCCACUUCCUCCUCCUCCUAUUCCUAUCCCUAAGUUUACAUCAGACAUGAAGAAAGAAAGGAAAGUUCCUUCUGAAACUUUACCACCUCCUCCUCCUCCUCCUCCUCCUCCUCUUCCUUCUUCUCCUCCUCCCAAACGUCUAUCAAAAGAAGAGCCCAAAGAAAGGGCAAAAAAAGCACCUGAUCCGAACGCCCCUCUUCCUCCUAUACCUUUUCAUCUACAUCCUCCUCAGAAACGUGAAAUGAAGAAAGACAGAAAAGAAACAGCUGAACCCGGUGCUCCUCUCCAUCUCCCUCCUGCUCCUCUCCAUCUCCAGCCUCCUACACCUACAAAACGUCCCUCAUUAGACACAAAGAAAGACAAAGAGAGAGAAAGGAAAGACACAUCAGACCCAAAGCGACAGGCCUCUGAACACAAUGAGAAAGAUAGAAAAGACACAAGAGACAGUAAACCCCUCAAAAGGGCAUCAAUGAAGAUCAAGAUUGAGAGAAAAGACUCCACAGAGUCCAAAAAGCUCGAUUCUAGAAAGCUCAGCCUGGAUGGACGGAGAGACAGUAAGGACUCUACUGAUUCCAAGUCAAGCCAUCACAUUUUGAAACGACAAUCAAGUGAACUUAAAUUGGAGAGGAGAGACUCUACUAGCUCAAGGUCUGGCAGCUCACCUCAGGGCAAGAAAUCUAGUGAAAGCAAGAGUAAGCCAGAAACCCCGAGGACGCCCACAACACCCACAAGCCCCCUUUCCCCGUCGUUGAGCUCUGGUCUGGGUCCUUUAUCUCCUCACCUGCAAACUGGAGAAUCCAUCAGGGACAAAUGCAUUGAAAUGCUGGCCGCUGCUCUACGUACAGACGAUGACUACAAAGACUAUGGGACAAACUGUGAGGCCAUGGCAGCAGAAAUUGAGGAUCAUAUCUACCAGGAGAUAAAAGCCUUAGACAUGAAAUACAAGAACAGAGUUCGCAGCCGCAUAAGUAAUCUCAAAGAUCCCAAAAAUCCCAAUCUGCGUAAAAAUGUCUUAGCUGGGGCCAUCGAGUUGAGACGCAUUGCCACCAUGACUGCUGAGGAGAUGGCUAGUGAUGAGCUGAAACAGUUGAGGAACGUGUUGACCCAGGAGGCCAUCCGAGAACAUCAAAUGGCAAAGACUGGAGGAACCACCACUGACCUGCUGCAGUGUGGCAAGUGCAGGAAGAAAAACUGCACCUACAACCAGGUGCAAACCCGCAGUGCCGAUGAACCAAUGACCACCUUUGUGUUGUGCAAUGAAUGUGGUAAUCGCUGGAAGUUCUGCUAACCUGAAGCAAGGACUCCAAGAACAAUGACCAUGUAGGAUUCUUCCUCUUUUUUAUUUUUUAUUUGGAAGAUAAAGUAAUAUAAUAUUCUAUUCCACCAGCAAAUGGCCCUAAAUUCAUAAUAUGUAAAUUAAAUCUUCUUAAAACUUUCACAGAGGAUCACAGCAUUGCAAAGAAUGUGUUCUGUUUAUUCAUAAUUGAAGUGAAAAUUCAUUACCUAGGAAAUGUAAAUCUGUUUAAAUUGUACGCUUUUAUACUGUUUUUGAAAUGGCAGAAUUCAUUUUUUAUGUGAUUAAUCCGUUUAUUAUACAGAAUCUUAUCGAAACUAGAUAUUCAACCGCAAAGACUCAAAUUUGAAUUUGAAAAUUGAACAUGUCAUUCAUAAAGAGAAUCCUGAUCUAUCUCAUAUGUAGCAGCUAUAAAUUACAACACAAAUAUUUCUAUAUUUUUUAAUAAUGUUGAUAAAGUAAAUUAAGAUAAAAUAAAAUAUUGUAGCAAAAAAAAAACUUGUUUUACUUCAAAUAAUAAAUGUAAUAUUGCUUUGAAUAAAUUGUUAUUGAUUUCUUUUGAA